GGGGCGGGGCGGCUGGGCCCGCGGCCUGGGGGGGCCCCGCCCUAUGUCGUGGGGGCGCUGCCCCUGCAGGAUUUAGCUGGACGGGGCAAGAGCAGCCGCCCGCUCUCCUCAGCCCCGGGGGAGGCUGCUGCAGUCCCGUCGCUGGGCUGCACGGGGAGUUGCGCUGCAAGAGCAGCUAAUCCUGCUGAGCUCCACGGGUGCACACGCGUAGCCUGGAUUCAGUUAGGAGUGCUUUGCCGUGGACCAGGAGGACGCGAAUUCGGAAGAGGGCACUCAGUCUGGAAUCGGAGCGUCCACACACGGAGUUACCAGGAAUGAUAAUGUUAAUCAAAAAUACAGCUUCUGAAUUUUUUCCAAAAAUUAACUGAGUUAAUUAUACAGUUUGGAAGAAAUCCUUGUGAAAUAUAACAUUUAAGGAAACGUAGAAGACUUGGGCUUACAAACAAUGGAAGAAUACACUGUGUUAAAAGUACUUGGAGAGGGAUCCUUUGGGAGAGCUCUUUUAGUUUUUCAUAAGAGUAGUGACGAGAAAUAUGCAAUGAAGGAAAUAAGACUUCCCAAGUCUCCAUGUGAUGUACAGAACUCUAGGAAGGAAGCUAUUCUGUUGAGUAAAAUGAAACACCCAAAUAUUGUUGCUUAUAAGGAAUCAUUUGAAGCUGAUGGACAUCUGUAUAUAGUGAUGGAAUACUGUGAUGAUGGAGAUCUAAUGCAAAAGAUUAAAUAUCAAAGAGGAAAGUUGUUUCCUGAAGAUACGAUACUUCACUGGUUUGUACAGAUGUGCCUGGGAGUGAAGCACAUUCACGACAGACGUGUGUUGCAUAGAGAUAUCAAGUCCAAGAAUAUUUUUCUCACUCAAAAUGGAAAAGUAAAAUUGGGAGAUUUUGGAUCUGCACGUCUUCUUACAAAUCCAAUGGCAUAUGCUUGUACAUACGUGGGAACUCCUUAUUACGUACCUCCAGAAAUAUGGGAGAACAUGCCAUACAACAACAAAAGUGAUAUAUGGUCCCUGGGAUGCAUUUUAUAUGAGCUCUGUACUCUUAAACAUCCGUUUCAAGCCAAUAGCUGGAAACAUCUCAUCCUUAAGAUAUGUAAAGGAUCCUACAAUCCACUUCCAUCUCAUUACUCCUACGAACUUCAUUAUUUAAUAAAACAGAUGUUUAAGAGAAAUCCCAAGAACCGGCCAUCAGCCAGUACUAUUCUUGCAAGAGGCUGCUUAGCAAAACUUAUAAAAAAUUGUUUGCCAGCAGAGAUGACAGCUGAGUUUGAACAAAUAUUAAAGGAGACAAAGAAACACAAAGGUGAUUUAGGAGGAACGAAAGCAGGUGCUGUCAGAACAGGUGGACGUUCUAAUAAUGGGCAACAUGAAGAUCAAAGUAGUACAGGCAGCAAUUCAGAACUAGAAAACAUUACCAAGUGCUUGAGUGAGAGGACACUGAAGCAAAGGGGAGCUGGUGAAGAGGUUUCAUCAGAAAACUGUGAAGUCCCCCCAAAGAAUGCGAAUUUUCCAAGUCCCCACAGAAGACAUUGGGAAAGGGGAGUGUCCAAUACAGUGGUAAAUGUCCUGGAAAAUGCAUUCUUGCUUUCUUCCAGUUUUACAGCUGAAGAGGAUAAAAGUGGCUGUGUUAUAAAAUACAGUGAAGAUAAGCCACGUAAGCAGUGGAUCAAAGAAACUCCUCACACCUUGAUGAAUAUUCUCAAGAAUGCUGAUAUCAGCUUAGCAUUUAAAACCUACACUAUCUAUAAACCAGCCUCUGAAGACUUAUUGAGAGGUCCACUUUCUGAGGAAACCAAAGUAUCUGAUGAAAUAGAUGGUGAAGGUGAAGCCAUUUUAAUGGAUUCUGAGAGGCUUGAACCAAGAUCUGAUGAAGAAGACACGGACUUUGAAGAGGAAGAUGAUCCAGAUUGGGUGUCUGAACUGAAGAUGAUGGCUAAAUACAGUGACUGAAAGACUAUAAAAUUUAACAAUUAUAUGUACAAUAUAUAAAUUACAAUUGUUAAAUGUCUCUACACCAAGUUUGGAUUUUAAUUUUUUAUGCUAAAUCAACAGUUUUCAAGUUGAUUAGUUCUGAAUGUGUAAGUUUCAUACACAUCAGAAUGGAGAAAAAAUUUACAUGAUAAAAAUUAAAACCCCAAUCCAAUGAACAAAUCUGAGUAUUGAAUAUAUGCUUGUUCUGUAGAAAUGCCCAGGAGAGCAACACUGUUUUAAAUUGAUCAUAGUGUGGCAAAUGACGAAUGGUAGCACUAAAAGAAUAAUAUGCAAGGUGUUUCUUUUUGAUUAAAAAUGCAGAUAUUUUAUAGUAGGAAUAACUGAUUUUGCCUGAAUGUAGCUUUAGGAACUAUAAUAACUUUUAAUAAAGGUCUACAGCUCUCUCCA